AUGGACUCAUCCAAUGGAUUCCCACCCAUUUUGCCUUCUGAGCGUCUCCAUGAUCAUUUUUCACGGAUUGGAGUAGGUUCGACCGUUCCCGUCAACCUCGACGUCAGAGCCUAUUUCAAUCAACCCGAGCUCGUAGAGCCUGAGCCGUGGCUUCAGAAGCCCGAGAUUCCGUUCAGAGAGGAAAUCCUGGGCAUUGAUGACACAGACGACGAAUUCAUUGAGCUUGCACCUAAUCGGGUCGUUGGCCCCUGGAAAUCAAAGAGUGCGUAUUUGAAGGCCCAUUAUGAAUUACUCAGAGAGGAUGCCGUUGCUCCUUUGAGGGAUGCGGUGGCGUUUGUGAGAGAUGACCCAAAUAUGUCGGACUCUCAGAUGGUAGCGAUUUAUGAGAAGGUCUACAUCGCCGGAAUCACGUUUGCCCACAAAGAUCUGGCUUUUCGGAUAAAAUUCUCGACAAGCAGGGCGGGUAGAAACAUUGCUUGGGAGUACUCUUCACGGCUCAGGAGUGGCUCAAUUGUUGCCUUGUCAUCUGUGAACGACUCGUUCAAAAGUGAAUGUGUUGUCGCUAUUGUUGCAGCAAGGCCAUUGGAAGGGGUCAAGCAACACCCACCCGAGAUUGACAUCUUUUUCGCCCGGCCAGAAGACGCAGAUUUUGAUCCUCAAAAAGAAUGGAUCAUGGUCCAAGCAAAAAACGGAUACUAUGAAUCGGUGAGGCACACGAUGAAAGUCCUCCAGAAGAUGAAUCAGGAAAAGUUCCCCCUAGCCGAGCAUAUUUGCUUUCUUGAACCAAAUGCCGAUGCCCCCUCUUAUGUGGAAGAGGGUCCAAUUCUUGAUAUACAACCAGCUAUUGGCAUUUCCGGCGAAGAGGGACGGAUUGAUAUCCUCAGAGAUUGGCCGGAAACGCCAACCGGAGAGCUCGACGCUACCCAGUGGAAAGCAUUGCGGCACAUGCUCACAAAACGCCUCUCCAUCAUUCAGGGUCCUCCUGGUACUGGGAAGACACACGUAUCAGUUGUGGCCUUAAGGAUAAUGCUGGCAAACAUGAAGCCCGAUGACCCUCCGAUUAUUGUUUCGUCUCAGACAAAUCAUGCACUGGAUCAGCUCCUGAAGUAUAUUUCUCUCUUCGAAAAGCAAUACAUUCGGGUUGGGGCUCGAAGCAGCGACCUUGAGAUCAAGAAGAGAACUUUAUAUUCUAUCCGACAGAAUCAGCCGGCAGCAAAUCUGCAAGGAGGCUUAUUGGGACCAGCGAGGAAGAAGCUGAGGAACAUGAUCCAGCCGAUGAUAGAAUUCCUGCAAGCAUUCAAUUCAGAAAACGCAGAUAGACCACUCCCAUCUUCCGCGUUCGUUGGACUCGGAGUUCUAAGCCGAGAGCAAUCUGACGCGCUGAUCCAAGGAGCCAAGGGCUGGAUUCGUUCUGACCAGAAGGAUGACAUCGACCCGCUGGUCGCUUGGCUUGGAGAAAAAGUGAUCAAAUUCGAGGUGAAUUAUGCGGCAGAAAACUUCGGCUUCGUCGAAGAUGAGGUCGACCUUGAAUACGAGCAACUGAAAGAACUUGAAGCCGAGCAAGGAAUAGACGAAGAUGACUACGAGAUUCUCAAGGGCCAAUUCAUAUUCCUGAAAGAAGGAUUUUGCGGCCAGGGCAGCUCUCUGCCCGACGCAGUUUGUCAAGAGUAUCUAAAGGCUCGUGACCUCUGGAAGGUGCCCGUUAGAGCGCGCGGUGCAGUCUACAAUGCUCUAAGGAAAGCAGCCAAGAUCAAGAUGUUGGAAGUAUUCCGCAACCUAGCCGCCAUUUACACACAGACCACGGGAGAUCUCCAGAUUGGCAAAUUCGAGAGAGACGCUCACAUUCUUCAGAACGCCCGGGUAAUUGGGGUGACAGCCACGGGACUUAGCAAGUACCGGGGUCUCCUUUCGACAGUAAACCCUAAGGUGGUUCUUGUCGAAGAAGCAGCCGAGGCGAUCGAGGCACCCAUAGCGGCAGCCUGUUUUCCGUCCGUCCAACAGCUGAUCCUUGUUGGCGACCACCAACAGCUCAAGGGCCAUUGUUCAGUCCAAGAUCUUGAGGGCGAGCCAUUCUUUUUGGACAUAUCGAUGUUCGAGCGUCUGCUUCACAAUGGCUUAGAUUAUAUUACGUUGAGAAGACAAAGGCGUAUGGCGCCUGAAAUACGCGCGCUGUUGGAACCGAUCUAUAGUGACCUGCAAGACCAUGCGUCUGUACAGAAUCGCCCCGCCAUUCCUGGAAUUGGUGAUGUGCGGUCGUUUUUCUUUUCUCACAAGUGGCCAGAAAGCAGCGAUAGCUUGUCAUCUAAGUUCAACGAGAUGGAAGCGAAGAUGAUCGUGGGGCUCUUCGUUCACCUGGUGCUCAGCGGGACACGGGUGGAGGACAUUACCAUCCUGACAUUUUAUAACGGGCAAAGGAAAAAGCUUCUCAAAUUAUUGAGGAGCAACUCAUAUCUCCAAGGUCAUUAUGUGAACGUCGUGACGGUUGAUUCGUAUCAAGGAGAAGAGAACGAAGUGGUUCUGCUUUCCCUCGUGCGCAGUGGCGACUCGGGAGUCGGGUUCUUGUCUAUCGACAACAGGGUCUGCGUGGCUCUUUCGCGCGCGAAAAGGGGAUUUUAUCUCUUCGGGAAUGCCAUGUCGCUUGCUUGUGCGGAUCCGUUGUGGUGGAGAGUCAUCAACAUCAUGGGUACCGACCAACCGCGGCGGCGACUGGGAUUUUAUCUGCCGCUAACAUGUGUCAAACACGGAAACAAAGUAUUUCUCAGGGAGCCGUCUGAAUGGGAUAGGAUAAAUGGCGGGUGCAGUCUCGAAUGCGACGAGCUGCUCGAGUGUGGGCACAAGUGUACUCUGCGAUGUCACAACUUUCCGCAUGACCGGGUUAUAUGCGACCGAGACUGCGAGAGAUUGUUGUGCGGCCACCCGUGUGGUCAACCGUGCUCAGCAACUCAUACCUGCUCUUGCGAGUGUCUUCAAGGGUCGGUCAGACCCGCAGCCAGGUCGACACGUCCGGUCCCUCCUCCGGUUGCCAAUCGUUCCAGCCGAGUUGUCGAUGCCGAGAGCCAUCGAAAACAAGCCUUGAGACAGUACCAAGAAUUCGCCAACGGGGGUGCUCAGGUGCUCGAUGAGGAACUGCUGAGAAUAGCCGAGUCCAAUGCGAGAGCCAACCAAGCUCCCUUGAAGCCACCGGUCAACCUGCUGGAUGAUUGAGAUUGAAGGCAACGUUUCCGGCGGAUAGAAAGGUCGAGGAGUGAUGUCGAGUAGACGGAUGGAAGAUGAAUGAAGUGAAACCGAAAGGAAAGAAGCUUUUCCGAGAGAGCCAAGGGCCAGCAGAACCAAGAUUCGCCAGGAAUGGGAACCUCCGAUCCAUU